AUGAUGGAAGCUGAUCGGCCUGGGAAACUUUUCAUAGGAGGCCUCAAUACAGAUACCAAUGAAAAGACUCUUGAAGUAGUAUUUGGGAAAUUUGGACAUAUACUGGAAGUUCUUUUGAUGAAGGACAGGGAAACCAACAAGUCCAGAGGCUUUGCUUUUAUUACUUUUCAAAGCCCAGCUGAUGCUAAGGAUGCUGCCAAAGAUAUGAAUGGGAAGUCUUUGGAUGGAAAAACAAUUAAGGUAGAGCGAGCCAACAAACCAUCUUAUGAAGGUGGUAAUAGGCGAAGACUACCAUCUCUUUCAAGAAACAGAGGGCCUCCAAGAAGUCUGAGAUGUGUCAGAGGAGGAAGUGGAGGAACAAGAGAGCGUCCUUCACGUGCAGGACACUUGGAUGAUGAUGGAUAUACUGUGAAUCUCAAUAUAAGUUCUUCUAGAGGGCCAUUUCCUGUUAAAAGAGGUCCCACAUCAAGAAGUGGAGGUCCUCCUCCUAAAAGAUCUGCUCCAUCUGCUCCAACAAGAAGCAGUAGUAGUGUGGGAGGACGAGGUCCUGUGUCUCGAAGGAGAGAGUAUUAUGGAGAUGGGCCACGUAGAGAGCAAGUCUCUUCCCGGAGAGAUGAUUAUGUGUCACCAAGAGAUGAUGGUUACUCUUCUAAAGAUAGUUAUUCAAGCAGAGUUUAUCCAAGUUCCCGAGACACCAAGGAUUAUGUUCAGCCACAUAGAGAAUAUGCAUACCGUGAUCGUGAUUAUGGCCAUUAUAGUUCUCGAGAUGAUCAUUCUUCUAAAAGCUAUAGUGAUCGUGAAAGCUAUGGUGGAGGUCGUGAUAGAGAUUAUUCUGAUCAUACAACCAGAAGCUCUUACAGAGAGGCAUAUGAAAGUUAUGGGAGCUCCCGAAGUGCACCACCUACACGAGGACCUCCACUGGCUUAUGGUGGAAACAGUCGCUAUGAGGAUUACAACAGCUCAAGAAAUGGAUAUGGUGGAAGUCGGGAAACUUAUUCAAGUAGCCGAAGUGAUGUCUAUUCAAGUGGUCGUGAUCGUGGUGGUAGACAAGAAAGAGGGUUUACAUCUUCUCUGGAAAGGGUGUACAAUACUCCCAGAGAAUCAUAUAGUAGCUCCAGAUGUGGGGGUUCUAGAGGUCGUGAGGGAAGCCGAUCUGAAAGAGGGGCCCGAAGCAGAUAUUAA